UUCCAUCUGAGUCAAGCUGUCCAGUAAGGACAGCUGGGGGGAAAAAAAAUGAGUCUUCCCAGGCCCCUGAAUGAGAACAGCAGGCUGGUUUGAAAUGUCCAAAGCCGGGUCAGGAACGGAGAAGAUCAUCUCCCUCCAAGGGCAGAACAGGGACCCUCCCUCGGAAGCCUGCAAGAGGGUGUCUGCAUUCACAUGAAAUUCUGCAGUCUGCACACAGAAAGGAAUGGAUGCAAGCAACUUUGUACUUGGAGUGGAAGCGCCGGCGUUGCAGAGAUGGGGGUGGAUUUCUGAAUGGCAAAUCCUGGAGGCAGCACUCAGCCACGACUCCUUUCGUUCUCUCCUGCUGCCCUGCCCCUCCCUUCCCCAUGUCUCCUGCUUCCCUUCUCUCUCUACCCCCCCCUUCUCCUCCUCCUCCUCCUCCUUCUCCUCCUCCUCCUUCUCCAUCCUGUCGGCUCCCCAGGAGUCUACACAGCUUGGCUUGUGCUCCUAUUUCAAGCCCAGCAGCUGAGGCUCUGAAUGCACCAGACAACUCCAGGAAGGAUGAACAACGAGGCCAGAGAUGCAGAGAGGUCCCAGCCGGCAUCGGCCCUGAGCAGAGCCCAGACCAUGCAGAGCCAGACCUCAGGGGACAAGUCUGUUUCUCCCCUCUGCCUCCAACGGCAAAAGUACUACCAUCUGGGGGACGGGGACGAGUGCGGCAGGCAGAGAAAACCCGCAGAGAGAUUGGGGGUGCGGUCUUCUUCCCCGGCUUCUCGGAGUACAGACGCGUCCCCAGUGUCCAGGGAAAAGCUGCCCAGUCCCUCGGCGGCCCUGUCAGAGUUUGUGGAAGGUCUCCGGAGGAAGAGAGCUCAGAGGGGCCAGGGGUCCCCGCUGGGCCUGGAGGACUGGCCCACACUCCCCAUUUACCAGACCACUGGGGCUUCCGCGCUGCGGAGGGCCAGGGCGGGCAGCGACAAGGGAGACCUCUCCCUGGGGUUUGGGACAAAGUCAGCCUUGGAACCGGAGGGCACCUGUGGGACGUCGUCCGGACUCCUGCGUUCCACCAGCCUGAAAUGCAUCUCCUCCCAGAGUGCCAGGGGCACCACCCUGCUGCCUGAGAAGCUGAAGACCCGGUUCAGCUCCUGCGAGUCCCUCUUCGAAUCGGGGCAGAGCUCCGGGAGAAAACUGAGCUCCCCAAGCUCAUCCAGGUCCAUGCUCUUGUCGCCCACGCUGCGGCCUCGGAGGCGCUGUCUGGAGUCCUCCCUCGAUGAUGCGGGCUGCCCAGACCUCGGGAAGGAGCCCCUGGUCUUCCAGAACCGCCAGUUUGCCCACCUCAUGGAGGAACCCCUGGACAGCGAUCCGUUCACCUGGAAGGUCCCAAGCCUCAACUAUGAACGCAAGACCAAAGUGGAUUUCGAUGACUUCCUCCCAGCCAUCCGGAAGGCUGAGUCUCCCGUGUCCUUGGCCAGAGCAGCCAAAGAGGGUCAAGACAGUUCGCGGCAUUCACGCAUCCACUUUGAGAUGGAGGAGGCCGACCGAACCUUUCUCUCGGGGAUCAAGACCAUUUUGAAAAAGAGUCCGGAGUCCAAGGAGGACCCCGCUCACCUCUCUGACUCGUCCUCCUCCUCCAGCUCCAUCGUGUCCUUCAAAAGCGCCGACAGCAUCAAGAGCCGACCGCGAAUCCCACGGCUGGAGGGUGAUGGUGGCGAGCGAACAUCCCCCGAGCACAGGGAGCCGGGGGCAGGGAGCAAAGACGAGGAUGUUGAGAGCAUAAUGAAGAAGUAUCUCCAGAAGUAGGAGCCAGUGCAGCCUCCUGAGAUGUACUGCCCUCCAAGACUUCCGGACUCCACGACUGUCUGGAGAAAGAGAGAGACCGGCCAGGCCUUCCCAGGGGCCCUCAGUCCAGAGCCGGCCAGCGUGGCUGUGCUCGAGAGGCCAGAGGGGUCCAGUAGGAGGCAAAUCCCUCGGGCAUGGGGAUCCCAGCACACUUGGUCUGUACAAAAUAAAGCAAUGGCUCCUUGGCA